AUGGAAUCUGGCACCAAAGGUGAGUCUCAGGUGAGACGCUUUGCUGGUGAUGGUGACAAUCCCCCGAAGCAGUAUAAGCAGUGGAAGCGAUGGGCUAGGGCCUAUCUUAAGGUCCAAGGCUCAAAAGGGAUGUCUGCAGAUGCUUUUGGAUCUGUUCUGUACACACUACUGGACGGUCCGGCACUCCGAGCUUUUGAUGCCACCGACAUGGACAUCAUCGAAACUGCCGGAGGCCAAGAUGUGAUCUUUCAGGUGCUGGAUGAGAGGUACCCGGAGGAGGCAUCACAUGACCGUUUGGGAGAAGUUUUAGAUCAAAUUUUUGAUUUGAAGGUGGACAGAAAUGAGAGCACGGCAGCAUUUACAGGCAAAGUGAGAUCAGCUUUCUCAGCAGCGGAAGCAGAAGGGAUCAGAUUUCCUUCCGUGGCCAAGGGCUACAUGGUGCUGAGGUUUGCGAAGCUGACGCCAGAACGGAAGGCAGUCGUUUUGGCUGCUGCCCGAAGAUCAUACGAGGAGCAAGACAUCAUGGCUGCCCUGAGAACAACGUACCCAGAGGGACUCCAUCAGUCCAGGUCGUCGGUGAAUGCAGUGGCCGAAGUGGAGGAGAACCAGAGUGGCGAAGAGCACGAUGCAUUGGCGACGGAAGAGGCUGAUGAGGAGAAUGAGCCCUUAGAUGAACAGGACGCCAUCGAGGUACUCUUGUCAUGGAAGGAGACAAGAGCCAAGAUCAGCAAGGAGAAGCUGAGUCGAGGUUUUCCAACUCGCCAGGAUGUGAAGAAGCUGGAGGCUCGUGUACGAUGUUUCAAGUGCAAGGCAGUGGGACAUUUCAGCAAAAAUUGUCCCAAGAGAGGCAGCUCCAGCUCUACAAGUUCCCCUGGAAAGAGUGGCGUGAAGGUGAAUUUUGUGAAUAUGGUUUCUUCUUCCAGCGAUUCAAAGACACAGUCCAUCGUCGACGAGUACGACAUGAUUGAGCAUGACGAGACGGACCAGGUCACCGAGCACGAGAUUGACGUCAUGGUGAACGAGUGGGCGGAUCGACGCAAGGAUUUCUGGAAGACUGAGAAUGAGCAGGUGACCAGAGUGCAUGUGCUCCCACGACGGAACCUGUUCACACCCAUGAGGACACAAUGUCCUGUCUCAGUGGAGGAGCUGAGCACCGCGAGAUUGACGAAGGUGAAGCCCAGUCAGGACGGGAAAUCAGCAACCGAGGUCUUCACCGCCAAUUGGAAACAUUCUGGAGAAUCUCACCGAGAUCUCGGAUAUGAAUGGACCGGAGAGACAAUCUUCUACAAGGACAAGGCAGUGAUCUAUGAGUCACCGGAGCAGGAGGAGACGGAAGAGGAGAUUGACGGUGUGGCGGCGGUGUUGAUGGAUUUGAUGCGACAAUAUCAUGGAGGACAAGCUUUUCAGGUGAGAUCAGACCCAGGAGAUUGGGUAGACCUUCAAGAAGACACGUCCACCGAGGAGACGAUUGCGGCUUACGGCGAUGCUUUCAGAGAAGUUCAGCUCAAGGCCCAGGAACCAAAUGCAAACCUGAACGACCCCGAAGGACCACGAGAUCAUCGAGCUGACGGAGAUGACUCUUCAUCAGGUGAGGAGCACGAUGUGCAAUUCUCUGGACGACAACCAUGUCUCACUCAUCCUCCUGGCUUUGGAGUGGUUGACACGGGAUGUGGACGUGGACUCAUUGGAGCUGACACACUUCAAAGACAUCGAGACCUUUUGGCAACCAAGAACAUCAAGAUCAUUGACCUGGCAAACCAGAAGCAGGUUUUCCGCUAUGGAAACGGCAGCGUGGAUGAGGCGAUUGGAAGAGUGGAGAUACCAAUUUUCAUCCAGGGCAGACAGCUCCGGAUGAGAGUGAGCGUGGUGCCGGGACAAGUACCACUGUUGAUUUCCAAGCGAUGUCUCAAGGCAUUGGGAGCUCACAUUGAUUUGGUGACAAACACGAUGCACCUCACCAAGGCUGGACUCCAAGCACCACUCCAUGAACCAAAGAACGGCUCGUACCAGAUUAAUCUUUGUGAUUUUGAUCCCCAACGAGCUGCGCCCUUCAAGUCUGAGGAGAUCGACCUUACGGACAUUACCUUCGUGAACAUGGUGACCACCGACGACACCCACAAGAACGACGCAGAGGUAGUCAUGGACACCAAUGAAGACAUGUUUGAAGGGAAUUGGGGAGUCAUGAAGGCUCAACAGCGCAAGAUGCUGAUGCGCGACAUUCAGGAAGCCCUACGAGUACAUGGAGAAGACCGACAGCCCAAAAUCAUGGAAAUCUUUUGUCCUGGACGUUUUGCAGAACAAGCUCAGGCCAUGGGGUACCAGAGCGUUGGCACUCUGGAUCUCUCAAAUGGAUGGGAUUGGAGUCGGGAUGACCACCGACGUGCUGCAGAGCUUCUGAUCGACCAAGCCCAACCAGACCUGCUGCUGAUGUGCCCCCCUUGCGGACCUCUAAGUCCGUUGCAGAAUCUGACUCCUGAUCAUCGACGAAGAGAUCCACAAGGACAUGAGCAAGAGGUGCUGCAAGCCAAGUCUAUGAUUCGUUGGUGCGUCAAGAUGGCGCGGAAGCAGUUGGCAGCUGGGAAACACUACCUCUUUGAAAGCUCAAAGAGAGCUGGCACAUGGAGUAUCCCGGCUAUGGAGAAUUUUGUCAAGGAGACCAACCCGGCCAUCCUUGAAGUCUCCCUUUGCUCCCUGCAUUUGCGAUGCCCGGAGUCUCGCAGGCUAUACGGCAAGGAGUGGCGAUUUAUGACUUCCUCUCUGGGAAUUGUGAUUGAUCACAUGCAGCCACAGAACUAUGACGAGUGGCUUGAAUGUGUGGACUGCACCGCAGAGGCUAAGAAUAGCCUGUUGCGCCGUGGCGGACAUAGCCCCUAUCAGCUGGUGCUUGGCCGAGACCCGGAGUUUCCGGGUGAUGAUAUGUUGUCGUGGAAUACCAGGAAAGAUGAGUCAUGCCAGAUGGAAAAGACAAAGAAUGCCCCGGAUACAGAUUCCAAGCCAGCCGGCGGUGAACCUCAGCAAGUGCCGAGUUCCGGACCGCAGUCCAUCAAAAGUUCUGGACCGCAGUCAAUUUCGAGUUCACAGUCUCGAGAAGAGCAGAUUGCGCAGCUGUCACCCCAAGAACGAGAACUGGUUCGUGACAAGCAGGCCCUCAAACCUUUGAGUUCAGCCGAGACGGCUGAGAUCAAGCGAUACGAAGAGCAUGAACUGUUUGAGGUGAUCAAGCCUUUGUAUGGUCUCAACGACUCCCCUCAAGGAGUCAUCCAUGUGUCACAAGCAGAGUUCGCCAGCAAGCUGCCAAAACCAAAGUUGAGAGGGUCAGUAUCUGACAAACGAGUGGCCAUUGACUUAGUGAUCAUCAGAGAGACCUUAAAUCGAAUCAGUGGAACAAUUAGAUGGGCCCCCACUUGGCUUCAACUUGCGGACGCCCUGACUAAAGAAAACCCUGAUGCGAUGGAUAUUUUGAGAGCGGCAAUGCAUGUGUCUCAAUAUCAAUUGAGUGAAGAAGGUCUUAUGAUGAAUGCUGCAGCAGAGCAACGCAGUAAACGUCAGGAGAGAACACCAAAACAAAAGGAAGCAGCCCGAAAGGCUUUUGAGGCUCUCAGGAAACCCCAGGAGACGUUUGUCAAUUUCGUCGUGCCCGAGUGCCGUGAGAACAUGGUGAAAGUCAGCACAGCAGGACUUGCUGAAGGAGAAGUCCGAGCUCUUUUCGAGGCCGUUACCAACACGUGGGUGAAGGACUCCGAAGAGUACUUAGAAUGUGUUAUUCAGAAUCAGACGGCAUGCAAAAUCAAGAUGCCACUGAACAAGAUGAAUGGCAAAAUGUUCAAAGGUGUCGAGAUGAAGGUCAACCUGAGCUACACCAAGUCGACCCAGAUGGUUGCCGUCACCACCGGUGCAGCAUAUCUGGACCAGGCUGAGCAGCAGCUCAAGGAUGUCUUGGGAGUUUACCGGCAGUUCAUAGACCACCGACAAGUGCUUCCCCUUCCAGAAGGGUCAGAGACAUGGAGUGAAGCGCUUGGCUAUCUUCGGAACUAUGGGAUCAAGUCCAACUAUAUGAUCAAGACAGAGGUGGAUGACGAUGAAGAUCCGAUGAAAAAGACCUAUGCCGACAUGUUCCCAGAGGCCAAAUCGAAGUUCACACCUGAUGAGGAAGAGUUCAAAGCAGCGAUUGCCGAGUUGGCACAUGAGACGUCAAGGAAGCUUUACAACUACCCAGCAUGGAAGAACCAGAUCCUUGAAUUUCUCCUCCAGGAGUGCGAUGCUGACACCGACAUGAUUCGCGAGCUCAUGAGCACGCCAGCCGAGAGUGAGACAAGCUGGUCAGAAGUGACAGAGAGAAGCUCUAAGAUGAUUGGAGCAAAGGCCAAGUCAUGUGGAUACAAGCCGAAAAGUGAAGUCAAGGCAGAGAGAAAAUAG